AUGCCCGGCAUCUUCCGUCGCGAUGAGCGCACGGACCAUCAAAAUUCCAAGAAUAGCUUAAUGAUUUUCGGAUCCCUCGAUCGCAUGACCAGGCAGUUCUUGAGUAGGUUGGUCACUGACUUCCCACGACACCACGAUACCAAAGAAACGAUUCUUUCGCCAGAUAUCCAAUUGUACGGCAAUUACCAGCUCAUAGCGCACGUGGCAUCAUUCCAAUCAAUAGGAGCCGGCAUCAAUCCCUCAACAGAAGCAAGCGACCUCGAACGAGCGACGGACACGCGACAACCACCAGCGCAAACCCUCCUCCCUACUCCACGACCCAAGCCGGAGCGCAUACAGACGGCCCCUCACUACCUACCAGAAUUGUCCACCAUGUCCUUCUUCCGCAUCACCCUCCACCGCUCGGCCAUCGGCCUGCCCAAGAGCACCCGCGGCGUCCUCGAGGCCCUCGGCCUGCGCCGCCGCUCCCAGACCGUCUUCCACCCCGUCAGCCCCCAGUUCGCCGGUAUGAUUAUUAAGGUCAAGGAGCUCGUCAAGGUCGAGGAGGUCGACCGCGCCAUGACCCAGCCCGAGAUGCGCGAGCUGCGGAGGCCGGAUCCCGGGUUCUACAUCGAGAAGGCCGUUGCGCGGUAA